AGGGUUCAGAUUGCUCCCGAACCGUGAGCAGCAGUGAAAUCUCAGUGAAAUCGAGUGAAAAUCGAGUGGCACCAUUUCCGGGAAAACGGCCAACGAAUUCUUAGUGAGCGAUGUCGAAAGCUGGUGGCUUGGCAGUAUUACUGGCGCUGGCGCUGGUGGCCCUCUGUGGCUUUUCCAACGGCCAGAUGCCGCAAGAGCGUGUGUGUGCCAUCUCGCGGUACGUGGCCGAGUGCGAGCAGCUACAGCGCGGCCAGUCCGGUGUGGUGUGCGUUUCGGUGCAGGACAGUGUCGAGUGUGCGCAGCGUAUCCGUAACGGAACGGCCGAUUUCGGUGUGUUUUCGGCCGAAAGUGCCCUGCUCGUGGCCGGCCUUGGCUGGGAAGGACUGACCGUCGUCAAGGAGGUACGCAAUGCCGAGCGUAGCAAUGAACCGCACGACUUCCAGGCUGCGGUCGUCGUACGGAGCCGUUACACCGGUGGGGUGGAUGGACUGAGCGGACUCCGUUACUGCCACCCCGGAUUGCACUACGGUCGGACACAGCGCUGGACCGAGCGGGUCCUGAAGCACUUCGAACGGCGCGUCGUCCCGACACCGUGCGAUGACAACCUGCACACGGCAACCGAAAUCGAAACCGCCGGGCUGUCGAAGUUCUUCGGCCAAUCCUGCCGCCCUGGCCUGUGGUCCCAGAUACCGAAAGAGGAUGCCAGUCUGAAGGAAAAGUACUCCAGUCUCUGCGCGAUGUGCCCGAAUAAGGCCUCGUGUUCGUACGAUAGCGCCAUCGGUACCCACCAGGCGGCCCUGCAGUGUCUCGAGCGGGACGGGGACGUCGUCUACGCCUCCGUGGUGGAGAUUAAACGAUUCUUCUCCGAGCGGACCACGAUUGUGAACGACUUUUCAUACCUCUGCCAAAACGGUACGCUGCGGCCGGUUAGUGGAGAGCCCUGCGUCUGGCUAACACAACCGUGGGCCAGCGUGAUGGCGGCGUCCACGAAAGCGGUACAAGUCUCGUCGAUGAUCGAUGCGUGGCUGGGCAAGGUGGCCGGCUCACCUGCCCAGUGGGAAUCGGCCAUCAUCGACAUCCUGACGCGCCACCGGACGGAUCGAUUGACUGGCAGCAGCUCGAUCCAAGCACCGAUCGACUUCAUCCGGCCACACCGUGAGAUGCCACUGCCGUCCGAUCUUUGCGGCACGACCGGCCGCUGGUGUACGACUUCGCUCGAGGAGAAGGACAAGUGUGAGGUACUGGCGAAGGCCGCCUUAACGUCCGGCGUGUUACCGAACCUGCAGUGCAACAAUCCCAUCCCGAACCGGAUCUCCUGUCUGAGCGAGAUCGCGGGCGAUCGGGCCGACUUUGCGGGCAUCGACUCCAACUACGGGUACCUGGCGCGCCGCUUCAACCUGAGCGCCGCCCUGUACCAGGAGACGGACAAGGAGAAGUACUCGCGGGUCGUGGUGUUGGUGCGCGAGAACAGUGGCUUCGAUCGGUUCGAGAAGCUGCGCAACUCGAAGGCCUGCUUCCCGGAGUUUGGUGGUAUCGCUUCGAUCGCGUUCGUCAACGUUGGUCGAUCACGGGGCAUUUUCGAUCGCAACGAGUGUAACUACGGUCGGUUGAUGAGUGAUUUCUUCGUGGAAUCGUGCGCACCCGGUUCGCGUGACCAAAUGCACGAUCCGGAGGGAGAAAACUCCGACAACCUGUGCGCCCUGUGUCGCUACGCUGAGACGCCGGUACCGUUGAGCCGCUCGUCGGACGAUGUGGAAGCCGUGCCGGUCGAUGGAGUCGAUGGAGAAGGAAUGGUCGUCGACGGCAUUGAUCCAGCACUGCGGCAAAACAUUAACGUUGAGGCAACGGUCGAUCGUAAUCUGUUGUGCUCCGCCAGCGACUCUAACCGGUACUACGGAACGCGCGGUGCUCUGCGCUGUCUGCAGGAGGCGGGCGAAGUGGCCAUCAUCGAGGCCCAGAAUCUGGCCGAUCACGCGAAGGCGCUGUCGAUGAACGAGAACAACUACCGAGUGUUGUGCCGCAACGGAACACUGGCCACCUACACCGGGUUCACGGUGGACGAGGAGUGCUACCUGACGACGAUAGUCGAUGGUGAGAUCGUUGUGCGCCGGCAUUGGCAAAAGUCGGACAACGUGGUCCACGCGCUCAGCUCGCUCGACCAGUACCUCCAGAACGACCCGGACUUCCGGAUGUACAACAUCUUUGGCGGAGUGAAGAAUCUUCUGUUCGAAGAUUCAGCCCUCGGUCUGGUGUCACCGCAGCACGCGGAGUUGGGAACGGCGGUGCAGAACUACAUUCGGCUGUUCGAGAACAUCGAGGACUGCCAGAAUGCGGGCACGUCGACGACGGUCGCUCCCGGUGGGCAGGGUGGCCGUGCCGCUAUCAUGACGGUGAACCUUAUCCUCACAAUCCUGCUGGCGGGCCUGAUCGCCUGGAGGCUGUAGUCGCGUAUCGCCGCAGAGAGAACAGGGAAAAGCAAAGCGACCGAUAUAAUCGUAGAGUGUAGAUCCACGAAGUGUCACUAGUAGUUACUGUACAGACCCCGGAAUCGGAGAGGGAAAAUUGCGAAAAUAAAUCG